UUACAUGAUAAAGUCCAAGAGGCAGGGAAGGAGUGGGAUUUAAUGGGGAUACUGGGAACAGAGGGAGAGGGGGUAAGAGUCACCAGGAAAGGCUCUCUUUACUUUUUUAAAAGACACAAGGCUGGUGUGUAGAAUUUAAGUAAGGGUAAAUGACAUGAUGUUACACACUUCUUUACAGUAGGUGGCGGUAUGCACCUUAAAGUUGGUUGCGAUCCGCCAUUGAAGAAGAAGAAGAAGAAGAAGAAGAAGAAGAAGAAGAAGAGAAGUUGUCUUUAAAAGUACAUAACGAGCUAUUAGUAGGAAUCUUUUAUCUAACUUCAGUUAUCCAACGACAGUUUUAAACAACUGUCUUACAGUUUACGCUGUUUGAAAUGUUAAUGGUAAAACAGACAGUGUGUGAACGUUUAAUUUAAUAGCGGUUUCAUCUAAAUCUAUCUGGCUAACAUUACACUGCCAUCAUACACGCCUUUACUACUGCACGAUAACGCAAAUCAUACUGUCAGAUUGUAGUUGUGCUAAUAAGGCAGCGAUAUUACAAAUACGUUUUAUUCGUAAAGAGGAUGUCUGAGCAGACGCUAGAGUAUUUCUGGAGUCGGAGAGAAAUAAUGAAGAGGAACGCUGCGGAGGUCAGAUGGUCGCACGCUGUCAACAGCAGGAGCCAGCUGACAGAGGCUAUCACAGGUGGAUACAGUCCCAUACAUAUGAUUGAGGCUGACAUAGUCAUGAGAGGACGGGAUCCUAAAGAGCCCAUCAUGGCACAUCCACCUGACACAGAGAGUGACAUCACACUAAAAGAGUGGCUGGAAAAAGUGAAGGAGUGUAAAAAGGGGAUAAAGCUAGACUUUAAGAGCUUGGAGGCGGUAUUAUCGUCUGUCGUUCUUCUGGAAGAAGUACUGGCUCAGGCAAGCUGGCCAGUCUGGAUCAACGCAGAUAUCCUCUAUGGUCCUGGGGGAAGGGCCACACCUCUGGAACCUCAGGCAUUCCUUUUUGCUGUGAGAAAUCUUCCCACUCACAUUGUGCUGUCUCUCGGCUGGACUACAGGAUGGACUGCUGGGAUAGAUAAUGCAGGUUACAGCUGGAGUAUGGUGCGUGAGAUGGAGGAGAUUUGUAGAGAUCUUAAACAUCCAGUAACAUUCCCAGUGCGUGCAGCUUUGCUGGCCCAAUCGCUCUCGCAGCUCACAUGGCUACUGCAGCAGUCACACAGGUGAUCAUCAACACAGUGACACAUUGCAAUCACAUCAGUAUUACUUUCUGUGUAGUCCUACCGAUGGACUCUUACAUUCACACUAACACUUUUCUGUUCUGUCACAAUGCCUUCUUCAAACAAAAUUUUGGGCAAUAUCACUCUGCCAUUUUUUAUCAUAAAUAUGGCCAUUUUAUGAAAAUCCUGAAACAAAGGCUUAACAUGGCCAGUAUUAAACAUUGUGUUUUGGUUAGGUGGCUUUUCAAAUGUUAAAGUUUUGAAAGUAUGUUCUCAGAAGAGUGGCUCAGAACAUCGUGAGGAAGUAUAUGGCAGCCACGACCAUGCUCUAUUAUGCCAUAAUAUGUUCCAUUAAAUGUUGGGUCGAUACCAAAUCAUUUCAGAGAUUUGACAGGAAAUGUGAACUUUUUCAGCCCGUCGAAACUUGAUUUAGGUUAAGAUUAGGAGACUUAGGUUUAGAUUAGGAGACUUUUUUAUAUAUAUAUAUAUAUACCGUAAUUUCCGGACUAUUAAGUGCACCUGAAUAUAAGCCGCACCCACUGAAUUUUUAAAAAAUAUGUAUUUUGUACAUAAAUAAGCCGCACAUGUCUAUAAGCCGCAGGUGCCUACCGGUAUUUCCUUUUCCAACUGCCAGAUCAAUCGCCUUCAACUUGAAAGCUGCAUCAUAUGCAUUUCUCCGUUUCUUUGCCAUGAUGAGGGUGACAAAAUGACUACCGUAAUCAGAA